GCGCAGCCUCCCGCGCGCCCCGGUCAGCCUGCGCGCAGCGCUGGGUGCCUCCCGGUCCUGGCCCGCAGCCUCCUCGCGCCAUGGCGUUCAGCCGUUUCCAUCUCGCGCAGUGCGUCUGCUACUUCCUGGCCUUCGUCUUCAGCUUCGUGGUGGUGGUGCCGCUGUUCGAGAACGGCCACGACUUCCGCGGCCGCUGCCUGCUCUUCACCGAGGGCAUGUGGCUGAGCGCCAACAUGACGGUGCAGGGGCGCGAGCGCUUCACGGUGCAGCAGUGGGGCCCGCCGGCCGCCUGCCGCUUCAGCCUGCUCGCCAGCCUCCUCUCGCUGGUGGUCGCCGCGGGCCACGCCUGGCGCACGCUCUUCUUCCUCUGCAAGGGCUACGAGGGCUCCUUCCUCUACUCCCUCCUGAACCUGCUGGUCAACGCCUUCGUGGUCUUCCUCGUCUUCAUCGCCAGCACCAUCGUGAGCGUGGGCUUCACCAUGUGGUGUGACUCUGUCACGGAGAGGGGCACCAUGCCCCGCAGCUGUGAGGACCUCCAGGACGUCAACUUGGAGCUGGACGUGGACAACUCUGCCUUCUACGACCAGUUCGCCAUUGCCCAGCUGGGCCUCUGGGGCGCGUGGAUGGCCUGGCUGAUCCUCACCGUCAUGGCCUUUGUGCGGGUGUACCGCAGCUGCCGGGAGGAGGCCCUGCUGGACAGCCUGGCCCACGAGAAGGAGCUGCUGCUGGCCCGGCCCGACCGCGCCCUCUUCCAGGAGGAGAAGAGUGCCGUCAUCUAGGCGCC